AUGAGGAACGAAAUUGCGGCGGUGCUCCUUGCUGUUGGCUUGUCCACGGCCAGCCCAUUUGCUCAUGAGUCCCACAAGCGUGAAGUGCCCCAGGAGCAUUCCCACAACCACUAUCUCGACCUUGUCCGCACGUCCCUCAAUCUGAACAAUCCCAAGCAGAUCGCCGACCCUGUCUUUGGCCUCCUUGGAAACGCUGCAGCUGCGGGCGGGGCCGGACAAGUCACCAACCUCGAUUGCUUACAGCAGGAAACGGCUGACCAAGCUUUCACAAAUGCCAAACAAGCCGGCGACCUUGUCGGUAUGGCGGGGGCGCUGGUUUAUCGGGCGCUCGAAAGAAACACAGGUAGUGUAGGCCUGGCAAGCGUCCUUUGCACCGAAACUGCGACCAAUCCUGAGAUUGCCGCCAUCUCUCAGCACCAAGACCCUGCUUCCGCCAACGCUGCUUCCGUCAACAAGGGGAUCACACUCGCCCUUGCUCAACAGCUGGCUGGUAUUGGUGUUGAUCCGCUCCUGGCUCUUGAGGCCGGGACCUUUGCUCCAGGUCAAAUUGGUGAUCCAACUGCCCAGGGUAACAGUUGUGACACUGCCGAUGAUGAACCUGGCUGUAUAUUCAGUGAGAAACUCCUUGUUUUCGAUGCCAGUGAGGAGGAAAUCAGUUCCGCUGUUGCCGGAAUAAGCCAAACAUUUACCGGAACUGGCGUGAUCAGCGCAACGAAUAUUGAUUUAGCUGCUCUUCCCGUCGCUUCGGGGGCCGGGGAUGUCGCAGUAUCCGCGCCCGCUACUGCCGCUGCUGUGGCGACUUCUGCGAGCGAAUGCGUCGUGGCGUCUUCCACUGCUGCCCCAGCCGGUUCUUGCACGGUCAUUACCACCACGGUCGCCGUCAAUUCGGGCAUGUCUACUGUGGUGACCAGUGCUGCUACUGCAGCUACAGCUGUGGCUGCUGGAUCUGGUGUCAAUAUCCAAUCGUUCACCGGUACCCUGGGUGGCUCCCCGCCUCCUGUUGUCUCUGGAACUGGUGACCGCCCUUUCACUGUUAAGGGCGACACCUUCGUGAAUGCUGCUGCCGCGCUCCAACGCUCAUGCUCCGCUCAGCACAACGCCUGUUCCAAUGCCGCCAACAGCGGUGCUCUUACUGGUGGCCAACAGCAGUGCGAGACCCAGGAAGACGAGUGUAACGCUUUUGACGGGCUUACCAAGAAACACAAACGCGCUCUGGACUUCGGCAGCUGUGGCAACCCGACUAUUUUGUUCGAAGCUGGACUUGACGGCCGCAAUACCGAGGCGUUUAUCGCCGAAGACCAGACUGAUUACAACCAUGGCUCUGCUCUGAACAUUGCAGUGAUUGCUGGAUUCAUCUGUCAGAGACUGGGGUCUCCUUGCAACGCGCCAGCGGACGUGCAAGCGAGUUGCACCAGCGCCAGUGCUCAGGCAGUGGCGACUAGCCAGAACCAGGCGGCUGCUGAUGUGUUCAACAGUAUUUUGGGCGUCGGGUCUGGGGGUGCUGGACAAGUGACAGAUGCCGCGGCUGCUGUUUCUGCGACGCCAGCAGCCACUGUCUUGACUAUCACAACUUGUGCAUGA